UGCAACAUUAAAACAUUAGGAGGCAGCCUCUUCACAGGAGGAGAAAGGAAAAAGACAGGAAUAUUGGGGUAGCUGGAGGAGAAGCCGGUGUAACAACUCAGACGUUCCUCAUUGUGAGUAGCCCCGCCGCCAGCGUGGGAGAAAGACGAAGAAUUUGCAGAGGCAGAGGCGGCAAGAGGCCUGGCGCCCCCUGGAGGUCAGUUGCGGCCGUCCAUGGGCGGAGCAGCGGGCUCCAUUUUCCCAGGACAGGAAGCGAGAGGCGAGCCGGAGAAGAGACGCGCGGAGGCGCGGGCUACGCGGAGAUCGUGUUGUUGUGCAAGGUUGCAAUCUUUGCCCUUCUUCCUCCCGGUUUAGGAGGCGGAGAGACCCGCUCCCUCCUGAUCCUUUGCCUUCAAGCGGAGGCACUUCGGAAUCUGGCCCCCGAGAGCAUGGAAAGCCCAAGUGGACCCGAGCAGGGCUCGCUGCUGGCGGCCGCCCGGGGGGCUUACAGGACCUUUUUCGGAGGGCUGGAUCCCCAGAUCGCCGUGUCGGCUCCGGGAAGGGUGAACUUGAUCGGGGAGCACACGGAUUACAACCAGGGGUUCGUGCUGCCUAUGGUAAGAGAGGGUGGCGCGCAGAAGGAAAGACAGACAGACAGACAGACAGACAGACAGACAGAAAGGGGCAAAUACUGUGCCCGGCUGUUCCUUCUUGAAUCCUACAAAUCCCGGUUUUCGCUAGUCACAAUUUGGCGGAAGCGGAGGAGAAGAGAGCCGUCUUUUCUGAAAGCAACGCAGCAGCCUUCCUUGACCUGGGACCGACGAAGUUGCCUCGCCUGCCCAGUACAGAAUUUUUGCUAGUUGGCAGGUUCAGUUGUUGGAUCCGUCUGCAGAGGCCCCCAGCACAACCUCUCCAAAAUAUGUUUGAUCCCCAUGGGCGUAGCCGGGGGGAGGAGCUUUAAAACAAUAGAAAUACUUAACUGAUCAAUCACAUCGGUUCUGCCCUCCUCUAACGAAAGUCCUGUCGUCGUCGUCCCCCCCGUCAAAAAUCCUGGCUACGCCCGCAUGUUUGAUCCUAUUAAUUAAUCACAGUUUCAGCGUGGGGAGAGAUGGCUCUCUGAAGCCACUGCCCAAAGGUACGCAAAUUCAGUCCAAAAAGCAAGAAACAAAAAUACGAAGCUUCGCUUCAGUACCUGUUCCUUCAGGUUAUUGUACCACUUGGGCUCAUUCGCUUGGUCUGCUGUGAGUAGGACCUUGCACGGAAUAUAAAGGGUAAAGGGACCCCUGACCAUUAGGUCCAGUCGUGACCGACUCUGGGGUCUGUGGUUUAACCCACAGUGCCACCCGCGUCCCACCGCACAGAAUAUAACCCAUAGGAUAAGUUAAAUUUAGAGGCAAAAAUACAUUUGUUGGAAGAUGGAUACCAGUCCAGAUAACAAUCUUCACUCCUUGAGCUCUACUGCAGGGGAAGUUAUACUUGAGUAGAGACUCAAGCUGCACUUCAAGUCAUUUUGGCUCCAAUUGCAAGCCUUUCUAGGAAUGACCUUUGGAGUCGGCAUCCCAUCAUGGGGAAGCGAUGUGCCUCUGAAUAUACUGAGGGAGGAGAGACAAACAACCAACAGAAAAAGGGUUAUUGGCCUCAAACUUUCGUUUAUGGGCUUGCUGGCUUGCAUCUGGCUGCUGUUGUGAGAAGUAGGAUGCUGAACCUUUGGUUCCUCCCCAGUUUGGUUCCUCUUAUAUUCAAAGGGACCUCUCGUGUGCCUUUUAAAGAAAAUAUUGUUUAUUUCCAAUUUGCCCCCACCCCACAAAAAAUUACUAACCUGUAAACCUACCUCAUUACUUCAAGAACUGAAACAAUCCCAACUAUUCUGAAGCAGCAAUAUUUUUAUUUUGCAUACUACACAGCCGAGAGAGAGAAAAUAAGCAUUUUUACCCCACAUCAGCCACAAAAGGCUUCCAGAUCAGCUUAUGGUCAGUAAUAAGACAAAUCAUCACAAGAAAAAACCUUAAAUGUUUUAAAAUCGGCUGCCUCUUUUCCACACACUUUUCAGCAUUGUCAGUUUGCCCAGAAAUCAAGCACAUAGCUUAACGUGCAAUAUCUACCUCUAUUCAGAUUAUAUGUAGCCAAACUCUUAACUUUGUUUACGUAGAGCACUUCCUAUCCCCAAACCUCCAAACAUUAUCCCUGUUGAAAUAGAUUGCUGUGUAUGUGUGUGAGAGAUAUCCAGAACAUAUAAGAUGAAUAACAGAGUCGGACACGACUAAAUGACUAACCAACAACAAAGGCUGUACUCUAUUAAUUGUAAAGGUACAUAGUUUUCCUCUGACCUGACUGACCACUGCUGCUGGACCUCGCCUGGAUAAACUGCAGAGAUUCCAUGGACUAGGAAAUGAAGUAGAAGAAAGUGCAUUAAAGGGAAGGAGGAAAUAGCAGCUCUUUAGGACCCAGGGAUUUCUAACUCCUAAUGUUGAAACAAAUCACUCUUCAGUCACAACUCUGACUUCACUUGUUGGCUAAAAAAUGGCUUUUAAAACCCCCUGCAAGAGCAGUUAGCCUGGUUCAUCUGUCAGCAUGUUUUGCUUCCAGUCUUUCUAAGCUGAGAGUUUGAGCUUUUCAGGCAGGGCUCCAUGGAUAACCCGGCCUUGUUUACAAGUCAGUAGAGCAAAUCCACUGACUACAUUUGAUAGGUAAGCCCCAUUUUAGCACCAUGUUGCUAUGAAGUGAGUAUUAACUUAAAACAAAUAUUCUUAUUGACUAAAGUUAUGGCAUUGGGAACGUCUCUGUGUUCCAACAUUCCUAUGCCUGUUCCUGUUCUCCCAUCUGCUCCCUGUUAUCUGUACUCAUUUCUAACCAUACAAAACACCAUUUGGUAGGUGGUUUGCAUAACCCUUGUUCCUGUUUGGUAUCAUGAGGGAUUCAGUCAUUGUCUCUUCCUUCAGGCCUUGCAGAUGGGAACCAUGGUGGUUGGGAGCCCGAGAGAAGAUGGAAUCAUAUCCAUAGUCACAACCACACAGGGAGCAGACGAACCUAAAAAGGUGACAUUUCCAGUUCCCAUGGAAGGUGCCAUCUUGGAGCCAGGAGAACCUCGCUGGGCAAACUAUGUCAAAGGGGUCAUUCAGCAUUAUCAGGGUAAGAUCUAGACUCAGCUAGCAAUUGAGGCGGAUGUGCUGUUUGGGAUGGAGACAGCCCUGUUAAAGUUUGUGGGUCGUAAUGGUGCCCACAUGCUUCCACUCGCGCGCUGCCACUCUUCUCAGUUGCCAGGUAAUAGCAGAGUUCACACGCGGCAUAAAAUGGCUUGUCUGUGUCGACAUGGUAUCUUCAGUAACUCAGCUCGACACCAGUGUUUCUAAUCUAUCACUCUUUAUUUAGAAGCAUAACAAACAGAAAAGAAAACCUACAGAAUCUAGCUGCAUGUUCACAGCUUUCUGUCUCUAACAAAAAUGAAACUACAUUGCUCACAUUCUCAGACAGACUGUUCUCCAGAGAGAGCUCAGCCCCCACAGAGCACAGAUCAAAGGAAAAUGCCUGGAUCAUGUGGGCAGUGCACCCAGUGAAUCAAGAACGCUUCCUGGAGUGUUAACUCUUGACUGUCCAGAACCACAACAAGCCCACAAUGACAUCACCUGCUGGAGAUGAAAACAAUCCCCCUACCCCCAAAAACCAACCACAACAACAUGUGGAUGGUAGACGUGUCAGUGAUGAUGAGAGUGAGGUGGAAUCAGCACACAGAUUUAAAAUGCUGUGAAAAUGCUUUAAAAAAAAAAAGUUUUGAAAAAUACAUUGAAUUUUCAUGGCUCACUUUCGCCAUCUAGUGUCACAUUUGUAUAUUGCACUUUACAACACAUUUAAAACGUUUUAUUUGCAGCUGUGUAGCUGAGUGGGGAAUGUCCAGUUCAGAAUACACUAUCCUAAGAUGUUUAUGGUACCAUGGAAGUUUCUCCAAAAGCCAGCCUUCCCCUACCUGGUGCCCUGCAGAUUUUCUUGGGUUACAGCACCUGUGAUCAUGGAUGCUUUAGUUGAGAUUCCUGCGUUGCAUGGGGUAGUGCUUAAGUAACAGAGAGAAAAAGAAGGGUGUACAUCUCCACUGAAGCCCUAAUAGCAGUUUUGGAAGGAAAUAUCCUUAAUUCCAACUCAGCAGCCAUGGAGAGAUGCUACUACCGCUCAGUGCUGUGUAUAUACAAAAGGAUUUUGUCAUAAUUUAAUUGCUUUCAAUAAUUUCAUACAGUGAUAUCUCGGGUUAAGAACUUAAUUCGUUCUGGAGGUCCGUUCUUAACCUGAAACUGUUCUUAACCUGAAGCACCACUUUAGCUGCGCCGCCGCUGCACAAUUUCUGUUCUCAUCCUGAAGCAAAGUUCUUAACCCGAGGUACUAUUUCUGGGUUAGCGGAGUCUGUAACCUGAAGCAUAUGUAACCUGAAGCUUAUGUAACCCGAGGUACCACUUUAUUGCAAUAAUAUAAUAUUUUUAAAUAAUUCCAUACUGUUAGAGGACACUCUUUUGCGCCUGGCUCUGCUUUGUGGACCUCAGAAUUCCAGGAAAAAAUCAAAACAGAACCCACAAACCAGAAGUCUGCUCACUCAUGUCUUAUAUUAUGCAGCAGGAUAUUUUCUUCAGUGGUGCCAGGAACAGAUCUGUGUUGAAGCUUUUUGAAAACGGACCUAGUGGCAUGCAGGGUUUUUCACUGAAGCCGAGGCCUUAUUAGCACUAUGCAUUUAAAGCAAUUCUUUGAAGACCUAGCUUCCCCCAAAGAAUCCUGGGAACUGUAGUUUGUUAAGGGUACUGAGAGUGGUUAGGAAACCCCUAUUCCGCUCACAAAGCUACAAUUCUCAAAGAGGUUUAACAGUCAUUCCCUCUUCCCAGGGAACUCUAGGAAUCACAGCUCUGCUAAAGGGGGAUGGGGUCUCCUAGUGACUCACAAUCCCCUUAAAUGUGUAGUGCGGAUGAGAACCGAAUCAUGCAUUUCUAAUUGUCUAGGUUUUACACAGGCAGCCUUAUAAAGAAGUUUCCUUCUCAGUCUCAUGAAGAUAAUCCAGUUCUUCAAAGUGGCAUAUCAUGGUCAGGCCUGUAAUUUGAGUAUCUAUGCCUACCUGAACUAUUUUAAAAUCUUUUGUGUGCCAUCUUGUUUAAAAUAUUUUGUUCUCUCCCUGUUGCUUUGCUAUCCCUUUAUAGCUGGCCCUCUCCCAGGCUUCAAUGCAGUCAUAGCCAGCAAUGUUCCACUCGGUGGCGGUCUGUCAAGUUCAGCUUCCUUGGAAGUGGCAACAUACACAUUUCUGCAGCAGUUGUGCCCAGGUAGGAAACAAAACUGGUUUUAGUCUAGAACUUAAAUACAAAAAAUCCAGGGUCUUUUACUAUCUACCAUUUUAGCUAAGGGGAACUAGUUGGAGCAUAGCGGAACAAAGCUCAGUGAUAGAACACAGGCUUCAUUGUCCCCUCAAAUUAAUACAUGGACUUGUUUCGAUUAACUUCUGCAGAAUAAUUUAUGGUACUUAAGUUAAAAACAGAAAGAAAAAGAGGUAAUAAUGAACUAAUAAGGAGACAGUUUACCAAAAACAAAAAAGAACCAUGUUGAGAAUGAAGGAAGUCAAUUAGCAGAAAAGAAGAACUGAAAUAAUUGUGUGUGUGUGUAUUAUUGAUUAUUUGUUUUGUAUAAGUUUUCAUUAUGUCUUAUUUAUAUUUUGUUGUUUGUUUUUCUUUUGAUUCUGUACUAUUAUCUUCAUAUUUAGUUUGACAAAUGUGUGUGUAUGUGUUGUAAAUAAACUCAAUAAUAAUAUUUAAAAAAAAGAACACAGGCUUCGCAUGCAGAAAGUCUUUGGUCCAGUUCCUGGGAUCCUGAAGUCAGCAAUACUGACUUAGAACGACAAGCAGUCUGACCUGGUAAAAGGCAACUUGCUAUGUUCCUUUAUUUCACGCAUCUCUUUUGCUGCUGUUGGGAAAUGAUGAAUUAGUUCAACAUUUGGUUUAAUCUAACCAGAUCUAGCCUAAUCUAGCCUUCAUUCAGUUCUGGAAGUUAAGUAUAGUUUAGGAAUAGCCUAAAACAGUAAUAUGGAGCCUGUGGACCUCCAGAUGUCAUUGGACUCCCAUCAUUCCCAACUAAGUUGGCCAGUGGUUAAGGAUGCUGCUGCUGCUGCUGCUGCUGCUAAUAAUAAUAAUAAUAAUUUAUUUAUACCCCUGCCCAUCUGGCCGGGCUUCCCCAGCCACUCUGGGCGGCUUCCAACAAAAUAUUAAAAUACUGUAAUACAUCAAACAUUAAAAGCUUCCCUGAUGGGAUUUGUAAUCCAACAACACUUGAAGGGCUGCAGGUCCCCCAGCCCUGACAUGAUGCCAAAAGGUGGCGCUCUGUCCAUUGCACAGAAGUACUAAUCUGCCUGUGAAUGUCUCUCCUUUUCGUUAACACAGACGAUGGGGAUCCUGUAACUAAGGCCUUAGUAUGCCAGAAAGCGGAGCACACCUUUGCAAUGAUGCCUUGUGGUAUCAUGGACCAGUUCAUCUCUGUGAUGGGGAAGGAGGGCCAUGCCUUGCUGAUAGACUGCAGGUCAGGACAUUGCAAUAGCGCUAGAGGAAAUGUAAGCAUACAUCUCUCUGUCCGCCAUGUGAUACCCAAAAUCUUCCUGACAGACAGAUGGCAACAGCAACAAAGCAUAUAGUGUAUGAGUCAACUUGGGGUGUUGGGAAAGCAUUGCUAGGGCAUGGUGAGUGGUUGUGGGAAGAGUUAACCCCAUUCUGGAGCUGUGGCCCUUAUCUGAAUGGGGACACCCCCAAAGCUGCUAUUGGCUACAUUCUUAAGGGAUGGGAGAACCAGCCAUGGAUCUUUUGCUAUCUUGCCUAGUUUAGGCACAAAAUACUCAGAAAAAGAGAUGCUCAGCUGUCAAGAGGGGUCUCUACCCUAAAAUGUACGUAACCUAAAACCUUCCUGCGUAAUGGAAAGCUAAAAGGAGAAAAGUGUUCCCCUUGAAUGUAGUGAGCUGUAAAAACAUUCACAUACACAUAGAAGCUUUGAAAUGCAGGAUGCAGGUUUAAAAAGCUCCCUGCAGCUUUUACCUUGUUGUGCUGUCUGAUUUCCAGGUCACUGGAGACUUCCCUGGUGCCUUUGGCUGACCCAGACGUAGUUGUACUCAUCACCAACUCCAAUGUGCGGCACACCUUGACAGGAAGUGAAUAUCCCACCCGUCGGCGCCAGUGUGAAGAGGCAGCGAAGGUGCUUGGCAAGGGAAGCCUGAGAGAAGCCACUAUGGCAGACUUAGAGGGUACGUAUUGUUAAAAUACAGAAGUCUGUCUGUCUGUCUGUCUGUCUGUCUCUCUCUCUCUCUCUGUGUGUGUAGGGGACAUAAUGGGUCCCUGCCUUCAAAAUUUCUUGAAAUAACACACCUCUAUCCCUGAGCACGUAAAAGUGCAAGUAGAUAAAAGUUCGAAAGCACAUCAAAGUGCAAGUAGAUAAAUAGGUACCACUCCGUCGGGAACGUAAACGGCGUUUCUGUGCACUGCUCUGGCUCGCCAGGAGCGGCUUAGUCAUGCUGGCCACGUGACCCGGAAGCUGUACACCGGCUCCUUCGGCCAGUGAAGUAAGAUGAGCGCUGCAACCCCAGUCCGCGACUGGACCUAAUGGUCAGGGCUCCCUUUACCUUUACCUAUCCCUGAGCAAAGGGGAAUGGACAACAGGGGGGCAGUGAUCUUGAUGGGUCCUUGAGAACAUAGUCAUGCAGAAGGUGCCAGAAUUUUUGAGUUGUAUCCAGGAAAAUAAUGGUGCAAGCAGAACAACUUUUGCUGGCAGAGCAGAACUUCUCCUACCUCUCUUGAAACCCCAGCUCGCCCCAGAUCUGUUCUGGGGGUUCCCCCAAUGGUUCGGAGCAGAUUUGGGCAGUGCAAAAAAAAAGAGAGGGAAAGUUCCAUUGCACAAGUGGAAGUUGUUCCACUCAUUCAACAACUUUGUUGGAUUUUUCACUAAGCUGCUGUUUUUCUUAUUAAAAGACAGACGGAGGAGAAAGUAUAAAUGUUCAUAAAUUGCAAUGUACAGUGGUACCUCGGGUUAAGUACUUAAUUCGUUCCGGAAGUCCGUUCUUAACCUGAAGCACCACUUUAGCUAAUGGGGCCUCCUGCUGCUGCCGUGCCGCUGGAGCACGAUUUCUGUUCUCAUCCUGAAGCAAAGUUCUUAACCUGAGGUACUAUUUCUGGGUUAGCGGAGUCUGUAACCUGAAGCGUAUGUAACCUGAGGUAUGAGGUACCACUGUAAUUAAGAAUAAUUGUAUAUUUAAGACGCGUGUAACUCAUAGUUUCUUUAAAUACUAAAAUAUUCUCAAAAAGAGAGAGGAUGGUGGCUUUCAAAUGUUCCACAUUCUCAGAUAUUUUGUUGGGGCUGGUCUGCUCAUAUCUUUGUAGUUUAUAUGCGUUAUAUAUCUAGCAAUUCCGCAUAGAAAAUGCUUAUUUGCUUUGUUCCCUGGCUAAAAGGAACUUUUCCGUUAUCUUUUCAAACAUUGCAUGAAACCAGAGUUUAUUGUACUGCAUCUCUAUUUUUGCCUUUUCCAGGGUUUUCUAGGAACGUAUAAUUAUGAGUCCCACUGCCAUGAAUAGAAAACCCAUCAGCACCUCACUUUUUAAAGAUUUUUCUUCAUCCCAAAUGUAAUACGGAUUGCUUAUUAACAGUGUUAAUUUCCGUGCUGCUUUUGCUGAAGCAUUGAAUGGUCUGAAACUUUGCUUCUAAUUCUCCAACCUAGCCUACCUGUCUGAACAUUGAUAUUUUUCCCCUCCCCGUUUUUCAUUUUUUGCAGCUUCUAAGGCCUUGCUAAGUGAGUUGGUGUACCGGCGAGCCAGACAUGUCAUUGGGGAAAUCGAACGCACCUCCCGAGCUGCAGAGGCACUGCAGUCCAAGGACUAUAAGAGAUUUGGGCAACUGAUGGUGGAGAGUCACAAUUCCUUGCGGUAGGCUGUUACCCAAAAGAUUACACAAAGGAUUCCCACCCCCCGUUGUGCUCAGGUUCUCUUGUGGGUUUCCCUGGUUGACCACUGUGAUAACAGAGUGCCUUGGGCUUGAUGCAGCAGGGCUGUUCUUAGUUUCGUUUUGGUGUUCUUGAUUUUUCAAAAAUAAAAGUUACAGAAUAAGAGUCAUUUUAAACAUGAUCCUAGAUUUCAGCAUGUAGGUCUGCCCUGCAUACAUGCAAUUUCGCAUUACACACACAUGCCUACAAGCCACAAAUGACUCCAGCUACCUGGCACAUGCAUGCUCAGUGCUGUAAAUGUGUGUAGAGUGGUCCUAUGUGGAAGGGACUUCUGUGUAGGAAUUUUUCUGUGUGCGAAGCAGUGUUAACACUGUGACUAAGUAUAAUGACUGUAGUGUUGUGAAACCUGAUUCUGAAACCCUCCUGAGCCAUGAAGCUCACCGGCUGGCCUGGGGAAAGCCUCUACAUCUCAAGGCCAUACCAGAUAAUUGAUUCAGGAUCCAUCUGUCAAUACAGUGGUGCCUCGCAAGACGAAAUUAAUCCGUUCCGCGAGAGUCUUCGUCUAGCGGUUUUUUUGUCUUGCGAAGCAACCCUAUUAGCGGCUUAACGGAUUAGCGCUAUUAGCGGUUUAGCGGCUAUUAAAGGCUUAAAGGCUUAGGGAUUAGCUGCUAAAAGGCUAUUAAAGGCUAUUAAAGGCUUAGCAGAUUAGAUAAAGGGGGAAAGCGAAAAAAAUCUCUAGACUCGCAAGACAUUUUCGUCUUGCGAAGCAAGCCCAUAGGGAAAUUCGUCCUGCGAAGCAACUCAAAAACGGAAAACCCUUUCGUCUAGCGGGUUUUCCGUCUUGCGAGGCAUUCGUCUUGCGGGGCACCACUGUAGAAUACUUCUGGAGGAUAUUGCAUUUUUUUCUGUACGUAAACUACGUUGGAUUGUCGCUUCAUGCAGAACCUUGUUUCAGUAUACUCCUAAGAAGUUUUUUGUGUACUUCCCUCCCCCAAUACAACACUUCCACCAUCAGACACCUGUAUUGUAUAUGGAGCAAAAAGUAGCCAUAGCCUGUAGACAACCAUACACAUCAUGGCAAACCCAGGCUCGCAGUCACAUAACAUGGGGAAAAGGGCUCUGAUUUGGAGAGUUGCCUACCAUGUAAUCCAGGUAUUAACAAGCACCUAUUGAACAGCGCCUGUGACAUCAUAGUUUAGCUUCCUGCCCAGCUUGUCAUUUUUAAACCAUUUUUGAAGGAUGACCUGUAUUUGCCCCCCUCCCAGCUUAUUUCAGUAAUUCUUUGGAAGAAUGCUGCCCACGGAUGUCCAUCCAGGUUCCAACAAUCACCCCCCGCUUUUGUUUGGCAAUAAUAGCCUUCACAUCUGGGGGGACUGACUCACUGUUUUUCCCUGCAGAGAUGACUAUGACGUCAGCUGCCCAGAAUUAGAUGAACUGGUGUCUUUUGCUUUGGAGAUCCCCGGAGUUUACGGCAGCAGAAUGACUGGUGGGGGAUUUGGAGGCUGCACUGUUACUCUGCUUGAAUCUGGCGUAGCAGAAAAAGUCCAGAAGCAUAUCAAGGUAUGUGACAUAGACACAGAACAGUGGGCAGUCUUCAGGCUGAUCAGAGCUCCUGGAACGCUGGGGUCUCCCAGCCAGGCAUGCAAAACAAUGUCUCAGUGGGACUGACGUAGAAUUCACUGGAAAAACAACAACAACCUGCUUCGUUUUCCUGCAAGCAGUUCAGCCGUCUAAUCUAGGGGAAGGAGAGCUCUUUGCUGUCGCUGUUAGUAAACCAUUUGGACCCUUCUGAUGUAUUGCAUGUUACCUGGAGAUCUGCCAACAGAUCUCCAACAGAUCCCUGUGCUGCUCUGCCCUUAUCUACAAAACACAGACAAGUGCUUCCUGAUCCUAUAGUAUGCUAAGCCUCAUCUGUACAGUCAUACCUCAGGUUACAGAUGCUUCAGUUUGCAUUUUUUCGGGUUACGGAUCCGCCAAAACCCAGAAGUACCGGAACGGGUUACUUUUGGGUUUCGGCGGUUGCACAUGCGCAGAAGCGCCGAAUCGCAACCCACGCGUGCACAGAUGCGGCGCUGCAGGUUGCGAACAUGCCUCCUGCACGGAUCACGUUCGCAACCCGCAUGUCCACUGUAUUUUCUGCCUAUCUUUGAUCUGACCUGGGAGUACCUUUGAGCUGGACUGCAGUUACCCUUGCAAUUGUGUCGGUUCCACAGUUAAACACAACAUAAUGAAAGAGAGAAGCUUCUUAGCAUUGCAUUCCAUAUAUAGUCAAAAGUAGUUGCGAUGGUAACAGUUGUCAUGUAUUGAAAAAGACAGAACUGCACCAAAUAUAGGGUGGUGUGUGCCUUUAACGUAAAAAAAAAAAGAUAUGGAACUUAAUUUGUUUUUAAGGGGUGGAAUAUGCUGGUGAAUAGUGCCAAUCUUCCCACAGUUGUUUCUCUUAAAGCACUGUUUCCCCCCUUGGCUGAGCUUAAAUACUGGAAAUCACUUUGUGUGCAGGGCCGGCCCUACCAUUAGACAGGUUGAGGUGUCUUGUGUCAGGUAGAUGGCGGUGUCCCCUAAGUUAGCAUGCUAUAUUCUGGGAGAUGGUAGAGGAUGCUGACCUUUCCCUAGUGUUGAUGUAAGGUUCAAUUGCUAAUCUGGUUAGUUUGUGUGUGUUCCAUUUGGUCCUCUCCCCCAAAAUAGCUUGGGGGAAUUUCCUAGUGCUCUGCAAGAGUUGGGCAAUCACCCCUCAUCUGCACAUCUUUUUAUUUUUAUUUUUUAAAAUCUCACCUCUAGCCUACUUCUUCUUUCUUUACCAUAAGGGCACUUCUGUGGCCAAAAACAUACAACUGCCCUUUGGCUAUGCUGUAGUUUUAUGAAAAGGUGUGGAAUUGCAUCAUUAUAGAGUUCCAUACUGCCAUCCGCCCUUGAGGACUUUUUGUUUUGACGUGUUUUGUACUCACUGCUUAUUUCAGACAGUUGCAACUCCUGACCUUUUUUUUUUUUAAUCAAUUAGGGAAAAUACAGCAGGACAGCCACCUUCUAUUUGACACAGCCUUCUGAUGGAGCCAGAGUGCAUCCUCUGCAAUGAUCCAACUCCCAAUCCCAACCCUGACAGAGCAAGGGUUUUCUGUUGCUCUGGUACCGACAACACACAGCACUGCAAAGGUCAGAGCAGGCUUCCCUGAUCCAUGUGCCUGAGACUCCAGUCAAAGACUUCCAAAUUCUGAUAAAAACUUGAACUCUUUCUUGUCUCUCUCUCUCUCUCUUAAAUCUGGUUUUUACAUGUAGAACCUUCCAGUCUGCUCUACUGAACAGAGGUCUCUUCUCCUGACUGUUUUACAUUACAAUUUGUGGCAGGGAAUCUGUUCUUCAUGUGAGGCCAGAACAGGCCUAUUUUGCUGUGCUGUUUUGUGUUGGAAAAGAGUUGAGGAUAGUCAAUACAGCCGUCGUCCUUCCUCUACUUCUGGUUCCUGACAUAAAACAAAUAGUAUGAUUAACUGAAUUUCCCUGAUGAUUGAUUGAUUGAUUGGUUGGUAGGUAGUUCGUUCAGCCUCUUCUUUGUAAACUAAAGUAAUAUAAGAAGCCUCAAGAACAAGAGUCCUUCAUUUAUACCUCACAAUGUGGCAAGUUAUUCAUCUUCCAACCUAAAUACCACAGAUGGAAUCCAGUGUUGAAUGAGCAAAUUUAUGAUUAUGUGGUUUUUUUGAAGUUACCUGUGAUUUUACUACAAGGAAGAGCUACCUUAAUUAUUAGAAACUCUGCAAUCCUCUGCAUGUCUUCUCAGAAUUAAGUUCCACUAACUUGAUGGAGGCUCAGUGACUGUUCUGCUUUCAAAAUACAGUGGUACCUCAGAAGUCGAACAGAAUCCAUUACAGAAGUCCGUUCGACUUCCAAAACAUUCAGAAACAAAGGCAUGGCUUCCGAUUGGCUGCAGAAAGCUCCUGCAGCCAAUCAGAAGCCGCGUUGGACGUUCGGGUUCCAAAGAACACUCACUUCCGGGUUUGCGGCGUUCGGAAGCCAAAUCUUCGAGUCGUAAGGCAUUCGUCAGCCAAGGUACUACUGUACAGUAAAAGUGCCCAGGCUAAUUACACUUUUAGAACUUCGUGGGUUCUAUAACUUGGUGCAUUCUAUAGUGAUACAAAUAACCCUGUCACACAGCACAGUUCAGCUGCUUUGGCUGUCCAUAGGACUGGGAACAGCAGUAUGCAAUGCCAUUCCAUCUAUGGCCAGUUCCCUCUCCUGCCAUAGCACUAUCCCUUAUGAUUCCAAAAACAUCCACUGUCAUUUAAGCUGCAUCAAAACUUCACAUCAAGGACAUGUAGCUGGGACUGUCAGAAUCUUUUUGUAAUGAAUCUAUAAUAUGUAUUGCAGUUGCAAAACCUGGGGAGGGUUAUUUUUCCCCCCCUGAAGCAAAAAUGUGACCUUUCCCAGUGGGCUGUGAUUUUUAUAGGCUGUUAUCAAAUUAGCUUUGAAACCUGUGCCGUUCGGCUCAAGUCUUCCAUUCUUAGACCUUUUCAGCAUUUAAGUGAUUUUUUUGUUUUUGUUUUUCAGCUACGCUAGAAUUUUAUGCAAUAUUUUGGUUCUUGAGCCUGAUCCUAUUGAAAUUAAUGUGUGUAGGCCUGCCUAAUUUUAUAUAGGAGUGCAGCCCUACUCUCUCAUUAACACCCACAGCUGCUAGCCGCUUUCACAUCAGACACACUUGGAAAUAAAAAGCCUUCUGCGAUCGUAGAGGAAAAAUGUUUAAUAAGUGCAAUAGAAAGCCAUCUGGUCCUGAAUGCCAGUUGUCAAAACACUGCAUAUGUAUUAAAUGCCACCAAUCCCUGCAAGCCAGAAUGUGGCUAUGAAAUGUAAUUUACAUUCUAUUGUGGUUCUUCUGUUAGGUGAGUGUGAAAGCAUACAAUCCCUUUCAAAACUUGUGUUAAAACUGCUAUGCUGCUGAAUUCUGGCCCAUCAAACACCUUUAAUGGGCUCUUUGGUUAAUAUUAAAGCCUGUGGUGCUCUCUUAGUGAAAAGAACUCGUAAGAAGCUUCAAGAGCCUGUGACCAAAGUGACUUUGCAAAACGAUGUAAUGCAAGAACUGGAGAUACGGCCAUUUCUAAUAACAUACUCUGCUUGGGUCUGAAUACAAAGAAGCCAUGAAAUAGCACAUUUUAUUGGCUUUCUCUAGCAUCCCAUGAAAAGAAACCCCUUUGGGGGCAGAAGGUCCAGUGACUCCCCUGUUGUAACUCCCCCUGUUGCGGUGAAUGGGUCAGUAGGAAAACCCAACAUUAGAUUACAAGGGACCUGACUUGUUAUAUUGGGACAGAAAGUUGAAGGCGCCAUCUACCUGAGCUUCUAAAACUAUGCUGCAGCAGCAGCCCUGAAUUCUUUUUGUGUUCUCUCUUGUUUAGUUAAGUAAAAAAUUAUCUGCAGUUGAUCCUCUGCUGCUAGCACAGAUAUUUAUCUAGGGUCCUGGGGCAAGGCUGGCCAAAAUAGAAGCGAAGGGCAACAGCUACCUGUUCUCGCUGUGAUGAAACUCACAAAUCAAUGGUUUACAAACUUCCUGCCUUCAGGGAAUUUUGUGAGCAAACAAGUCAGUGUGGCAAACAACAUACAUCCUCCAUAGAACCACAACACAUUGCAGAAGAUUCUGAGGCAUGUUGAUGGUUUGGUGCACACUGGCAAUGCUGGUCCCUUUGUGUGAGAACCGGCACUAUCAAGUGAGCUGGCUGUCUUUUAGGGGAACUUGCUUGCAUGACUGAAGAAUUCAUGGGUAGACUUCUGACAGUUUCCUGGAACAUGGUUUGACAACCACAGCAUUGUGGGAGCAACCAUGCAAAAUGUCAAAUAAUGGUGAUAGGUCGAUACUCUUCCAAUGAUGUACUAAACAGUGUGAGAAAUCAUCACACUGAUAGGAAUCAAAGUAACUUGCCUGCUCAAGUCAUUUCUCUCCAGCUUCCUCAUGCCUUUUUAGCAAGGAGUAAAAUGUUGGUACAAUCAGAUUGUGUGAGUUGUCUGUCUUCUUUGUCAAAUCUGCAUAUGUAUAAAUAAAGACCAACAAACAAGCAAAAAGCUUUCACUCCCACCCCUUUCUAAGGAAGGUGAAGUGAGUGUAAACAAAGGCAGGUCUGUGGUUAUACAACAACUGUCUCUAGUCAGAAUUCCAUGUAUUCAGUUCCUACCUUGAUUCUGCCUUUAGUUACCUACUGGUAGUCAUCCCCCACCCCUGUUGAUAUACCCUCAGGUCAUUCUGCAAAAGCCACUGCUUCUACAGUUCAAGCUGUGCCUACACAUGCAGCAAAAGGUAGUGGUAGCACCAUCACAGUUGCACUGCCUUGUGGGUACUGUAGUGUUGUUGACUACAGUAUCAAUGCAGUGUGGCUGAAUGAAAGUACAUGGUGCAAAAAUAUGUGAUGCCUGUGUUACACAGGCUCUGAAGGAUUAAUUGCACGUGCACUGCCAUUAAAUCCUGGCCACUGGCGAAGAGGCAGGAAGGGUAGCAUUGCAGUGAACUGGACUAAUUGCCCUUCCAACCCUGAUUCUAAGGGCAAUCUGAAAUCACUGAAGUUUGCUAUGUCCAGACACCGAAAUGGGCCAAUGAUGUAAAUCAGCAUGCUAUGCUUGAGCUACUGAUAUGGGCCAGUGAGCCACCACUGCCAAAAUGGGGAGUGAGGAAGGACUGUAGGUGGAACUCAGCAACAACUCUUAAUGUUGUUGGUUUUGGUUAUUCAGUACGAAAGGAUAUCAUUCCAGGGGGUUCUUCCAGCAAAGGCAUUAAUGGAUUAUAAAGCCGUGCCAAAUAUUUAUUUUCUAUGGUAAGGAGCAGAGGUUUAGCGCCUGGAUUUUGGCUCCUUAUUACAUCUAGGAUAAAGGACCCUUUGUAGAACAAAAAAUAGUCAUAUAAUAUUUUAAGUAAGAUUGUGCAUCGUAUUUUAAGGAGCACUGUAUUGUCGGUGAUGCUAUGCAACUUAAGGUACUAAGCAGUUCCUACAGGACCACACCUAAGCAGCAGGGGUGUCUACACACCAAUGUAGGAAGAAUAAGGACAAUUCCUCUUCUGUGCUGCACUUACAAAGGAGGAGGACAAAGUUGCAAUUCCGUUCCUCCCCUGGAGGUCUGGCAUGCCAUUUGUUGAUGGGGUGGGAGUGUGGGGACAGAAUGACUUAGGAACAGAUCAAAACGAAACAAGCAGCAAAAGUGAAAAAGGUUUGGUGAGAGGUGGGGAUUUAAAAAGCAAAUUCAGUUGUGUGUAGUUAAAUCUUCCAGCGUGUGAUAUCGGAAAGCAGCCAAGCGAAGCAUGGAAAGAGUCAGGAGCUCGACUCAAAAUGGAACUAACCAAUAGCCCUUCACAGCCAAGCAUCUUGCUAAAAAACUCUUUUCGGCAUGUCUUUAGGGUGCCACCUGGAGUGCAUGCAGCCUCCACUCGCGGGUAUCUCAAAGCAGCAUCCAGUAUUUUCAUUAGAGUUGAAGCAAUGCAGCGGGCACCAUGAGCCUCAGUCCAGGAACUGAUCACAGAGCAGGCCUGCUUGAGGUCACCAGCUAUUGAAAUCCAAGUGUCCCUUGGGCAGUUUGCUUCCUGACUCAAGCUUCAUAGAACUGCCUCUCUGUCUGUCUGGAGAAUGUCCCGCUGCUGUUAGACAUCAUGGUUCUGGUGACAAAUUCAUUGGUGACCUGCUUGGUGAGGGUGCCGCCACUCUCCACUCGCUGAGUGGUCAGCAGCAUGCCAUCUG